AUGAUCAUGCUGUACUCUGUCGUCUACUCGAGACUAGGUGGUAGUUACCACAUGGAAAAGGAGGGACUCAAAAGAUGCCUGGAUCAUCUGGAGUCAAACGAUUUGGCGGUUGAGUACAUCGUGACUGACCGUCAUCCACAGAUCCAGAAGUUUCUGAGGGAACGCAACUUAGAACAGUUCUAUGAUGUGUGGCACUUUGAAAAAGGUUUGUCCAAGAAACUUUUGAAAGUUUCACAGAACAAGGACUGCAAGGUGUUGAAGAAGUGGCUGUGCAGCAUCAAAAACCACGUAUACUGGAGUGCGACGAGCACAACCUCGGGGCCGGAGAAGGUGGCAAGGUGGACGUCAGUCGUCAACCACCUACAAAACAUUCACGUGCAUGACGACCCCCUAUUCCCCAAGUGUUCACAUCCGGAAAGAGCCUCAAGCCAUGCAAAUAAAUGGCUAAAACUAGGGUCAAUAACACUCGCCAAAGUUGAAAGAAUACUCAACAACAAGAGAGUUCUCAAAGAUGUGAGAAAGCUAAGCCAUCACUACCAGACCUCGUCCCUGGAGUCCUCCCACAGCUUGAUUCUGCGCUUUGCCCCCAGAACACAGUCACUGUUUGGUGGCAUGAGGGUUUUAUUGUACGUGGGUGAGCUGAUGAGGCUGGUGUUUGAGGAAGUCUUUGAGGACCCAGCACCCUUUGUGGAGGAGAUGAACACAAUCUCCAUCCCAAAGGACCUGUCCACUCAAUUUGACAGGCCCUCAAAGGAGGAAGUGGUUACCCCGCCCGCCAUGUCUCCCGUUUCAGUCAAGGGGAGGUCGGAAGCCAACCUACUGUCCAGCCGGAUUAGGAAACUCCUGGCGUAUCCGGCGGACAACACAUGA